AUGAUGUACGAAGGCUUGUCUAUAACUUUUUACAUACCGCGUCAUCUUAGUUUUCCAUCAACAACCUUCGAAGAUGGUCUUGCUUUAUUCUUACAUGACAACGAUGAACUUGCAUUCAUGGUUAAAAAUAGCAUACGACUACGACCUGGUCUCGCUCAUAUAAUAACAUAUCGAAAAAGUGAAACAAUUUUUCUUCCUAAACCUUAUACGAAUUGUACAACUGUAGUUGGGCGUAAUUUGCGUCAUAUCUACGAGGUUAUCUUCGAUCCGCAUUUGGCCCUUCAAGUUGCUUAUUCCGAAGCUUUAUGUUAUGAAUUGGGUAAACAAGCAUAUAUUUUCUCACAAUGUUCCUGCAUUUUGCCUAUUCCAUUUCUUAUGCGAAAUGUCUUUUCGUUGAAUCAUGAUCGACUUCUAAUCGCCAAUAUUUGUAUGCCGGCCAUGUUGGACGAAAACUGUGCAUUGAAUGCACGACAGCAGAUAGCUUUGAAUGCAUCUCUCAUGGCUGUUUGGUGUUCCCGAUGUGCUCCACAAUGUAAGCACACACAAUUUUCGAUCGAUGUUAGUGCAUUACCGGCACCAACUGCGCAACAAAAAGCAUCAUGGAAAAAUGUUUUGUUAAAAAACAAUUCUAAUAUGUCCUUGCCGGAUGAUUUUGCUACCAAUUAUGAUGCCUACAUGGACGCCAAUUAUUUACGAGUGACUGUAGCAUGUGCUAGUCCAUAUGUAACAAUACAUCAACAACAGGCUAAAUUAACGCUCAUUGAUACAUUUUCGGCCAUUGGAGGCCAAACUGGACUGUAAGCAAAAGCUUCUUUUUUGUUGACAACAUUCUAUUAUAAUGAGUUAAUUGAAGGUGGAUUGGGCUUAGUGUGCUAAGUUUAAUGGAAUUCUGUGAGUUGAUCUAUCAAUUAAUUAUGAAACAAAUUAUACUAUGGCGAUAUCGGCGAAACAUGCACACUGAAAUGCAAGUGAAAGCGUCGACGACCACGAUUGAAAGUGUACCAAAUCAAUCACAAUAACAAGCAUAAACCUUUUUUUGAACUGACAAAUGUGAACUAUUUUUCAGAUUUUCUUUGAUUUAAGUGUCCUAACGAGGCUUAUCUGCUUUAGAAAUACAUUUUAUUUUGACUGAUUCUUGUUAGCUGACAAAUUAAUCAAUACAAGACUCUAGCAUAUAAUUAGUUUAAAUCAGCUCUAUCCAAGUCUCCUUAAAACGCGAUUAACAAAUUUAAACAGUAUUGUUGUAGGCUUAAAAUAUGUAACAUAAUCGAACUAUUUCAAUCGUACAUGAAAUGACAUUGACUUGAAUAAAGAUUUAUCGUGCAGUUCCAAAAGCAACAAUUCCAGAUCUCUGUCACAGCUUCUGAAUAGCGUCCGGAAAACUUCGUUGUUUUUAAGUUUACAAUUUCAAAUACUCCUAAGAAUUGAAGAAUCCUGAUGAAAUUCGAAGUCUGAUAUUCAAAAAAACUUCGCAACUUCAAACGAAUCUACGGGGUUGAAAUUUCUACAAAAUAUAACAAUUCAAUCAAUAUGGAGUUCAAAUGUGAAACACAAUAGAGCCAAUUCUAUUAUACCAAAAGGCGCUCUUGAUAUCGAUCAUAGUUUCUGACAAGACCGUCAAAUCAGCAUGUAGGAAUAGUGAUCACGGCCUACUAUAAGGAUGACAGAACUAAGUUGCAAAGAACAAAGGCGAUUUUUACACUACAAGAUUAUGAACUCAUUCAGGAUCGACAAAUCUAUUUAUAAUCUGGAAUAUACUACGAUGAAAAAAAUCCAAAGUCCCGUGUCAUUCUAUCUAUCACGGUCUGUGGAGCAGUCUUCAAGUGAAUACAAAAAUGGAAGUCUUGAAUAUUCAUUAACAAUAGAAAAAUAUACAAGAUCAUAAAGACAUUUGUUUAGGGUGUGGGUGUAUAUGUGGGUGUGGAUGUGAGUGUGAGUGUGGGUGUGAGUGUGGGUGUGAGUGUGGGUGUGAGUGUGGGUGUGGGUGUGAGUGUGGGUGUGGAUGUGGGGUGUUGGUUUGAAAGAAAGAAGAACAUCACUCACACUCACACUCACACUCACACCCACACCCACACCCACACCCACACCCACACCCACACCCACACCCACGCCCACACCCACACCCACACCCACACCCAC